UUUUUAGCCUUUUAGGGUUAAAAGCCUCGCCGGUGAAAAAAAAGGGGAAAACAGUAGAAAACACACAAUCUGCACAACAAGAGGCGUCACCAAGAAGCCAUCCUCGUCGUCUUCUUCUUCUUCUUCGCGCGAGAGGCGUAUGUACAAAUAGUCCUCCUCACACUGUGUUACCUGAGAGAGAAAGAGAAAUGGCGAGCCCAGAUAAGCCGUGGAGGGCUGAGUAUGCAAAGUCCUCGAGGUCUUCCUGCAAGUCUUGCAAGUCCCCCAUCAACAAGGAGACCUUUCGCCUUGGAAAGCUUGUUCAAGCUACUCAAUUCGAUGGCGUCAUGCCCAUGUGGCACCAUGCUUCUUGUAUACUCAAGAAAACCAAGCAGAUUAAAUCAGCUGAUGAUGUUGAAGGCUUAGAAUCUCUUCGUUGGGAAGAUCAGCAAAAGAUUAGACAAUAUGUCGAAUCUGGAGCAGGGAAUAGCACUAGCACGGGAACGAGCACGGCCAGUAGCGGUGGCAAUGCCAAGCUAGAAUAUGGGAUUGAAGUUUCACAAACUUCUCGUGCUGGGUGCAGAAAGUGCAGCGAGAAAAUCUUGAAAGGAGAGGUACGUAUAUUCUCUAAGCCUGAAGGCCCGGGUAACAAGGGUUUGAUGUGGCACCACGCAAGAUGUUUCCUUGGAACGUCUCCCUCUACUGAACUGAAAAGUUUGUCUGGGUGGGGAAGCAUACCAGACUCAGAUCAAGAAGCUCUUCUUCCCUUGGUGAAGAAAGAUCAGCCAGCAGCCAAAACUGCAGGCACAAAAAGGAGAAAUGAUUCUGAUGACAACGAGAAGUCGAAACAAGCUAAGACUAUGUCUGCAAGCGGUGCUUUACAACCUUGUAGCAAAGACAAGGAAAUGGAGGCACAAAGUAAGGAACUGUGGAACCUGAAGGAUGACCUGAAAAAACAUGUGACAACAGCUGAGUUGCGGGAGAUGCUUGAAAUAAAUGAACAAAGUACAAGAGGAUCAGAACUUGAUCUGCGGGAUAAGUGUGCUGAUGGCAUGAUGUUUGGUCCACUCGCUCUCUGCCCUGUUUGCUCUGGUCAUGUUUCUUUUUCUGGAGGAAUUUACCGAUGCAAUGGUUACAUAUCGGAAUGGAGCAAAUGUUCCCAUGCCAGUUCUGAUCCAGACCGCAUCAAAGGGAAGUGGAAAAUCCCCGAGGAAACAGAAAAUCAGUUCCUUGUGAAGUGGAAUAAGUCGCAAAAGAGUGUGAAGCCAAAACGUAUUUUGAACCCUAUAUCGCCCGCGGGAACAUCCCAGGGUCAAGGUUCUAAAGCUGCAGCUGACUCCUCAAGGAGUGAAAAGCUGGAGGAUCUUAGAGUUUCAAUUGCCGGAUCCUCUAAGGAACGCCAAGCAUGGAAGAAGAAAAUUGAGGAAGCCGGUGCAGAGUUUCAUGCUAAAGUUAAAAAAGGUACAAGCUGUUUGGUUGUCUGUGGCCAGACAGAUAUGGAAGAUGCUGAAAUGAGAAAAGCAAGGAGGAUGAAGGUCGCAGUCGUUAGAGAGGAUUAUUUGGUUGACUGUUUUACAAAGCAGAGGAAGCUUCCAUUUGACAAGUACAAAAUUGAAGACGCUGGUGAGGGCAUGGUCACUGUUAAAGUAAAAGGGCGAAGUGCUGUGCAUGAAGCCUCUGGCCUCCAAGAGCACUGCCACAUCCUUGAAGAUGGGAACAGUAUCUAUAACACAACUCUGAGCAUGUCUGAUCUUUCUACCGGUAUCAAUAGUUAUUACAUACUCCAGAUAAUCCAAGAAGAUAAAGGUUCAGAUUGCUACGUGUUUCGUAAAUGGGGCCGCGUUGGAAAUGAAAAGAUUGGAGGUAACAAACUGGAGGAGAUGGAAAAGUCUGAUGCAGUUCACGAAUUCAAACGUCUAUUUCUUGAAAAGACUGCAAACACAUGGGAAUCUUGGGAACAAAAAACGAAUUUCCAGAAGCAGCCAGGGAAAUUUCUACCGUUGGACAUUGAUUAUGGAGUAAACAAGCAAGUAGCAAAGAAAGAAUCAGUUCAGACCAUUAGCAAUCUUGCUCCUCCAUUAGUAGAAUUGAUGAAGAUCCUUUUUGAUGUGGAAACAUACAGAACUGCUAUGAUGGAGUUCGAGAUAAACAUGUCGGAGAUGCCACUUGGGAAACUCAGCAAACAUAAUAUACAGAAGGGUUUUGAGGCAUUGACAGAGAUACAGAAGCUGUUGACUGAAAGCGACCCCCAACCUUCUGUCAAAGAAAACUUGCUUGUUGAUGCUAGCAAUAGAUUUUUUACGAUGAUCCCUUCAGUUCAUCCUCAUAUUAUCCGAGAUGAAGAUGACUUUAAGUCAAAGGUGAAAAUGCUCGAGGCGCUGCAGGACAUCGAAAUAGCGUCAAGAUUAGUUGGCUUUGAUACUGAUAGCACUGAAUCUCUGGAUGAUAAAUAUAAGAAAUUGCAUUGCGAUAUUUCACCACUUUCUCAUGAUAGUGAGGACUAUCGGUUGAUUGAGAAGUAUCUCAACACAACUCAUGCCCCAACACAUACGGAGUGGAGCCUUGAACUGGAGGAAGUUUUUGCCCUCGAAAGAGAAGGAGAGUUUGAUAAAUAUGCUCCGCACAGGGAAAAACUUGGCAAUAAGAUGCUCCUAUGGCAUGGUUCUCGGUUAACGAAUUUUGUUGGAAUUUUGAACCAAGGACUGAGAAUUGCGCCUCCAGAAGCUCCUGCUACUGGCUACAUGUUUGGCAAGGGGAUUUACUUUGCUGACCUUGUCAGUAAAAGUGCUCAGUACUGCUUCACUUCUAAGGAAAACCCGGUGGGUCUAAUGCUUCUGAGCGAAGUUGCAUUGGGAGAAAUACAUGAGCUAACAAAAGCCAAGUACAUGGAUAAACCACCGAGGGGGAAACACUCGACCAAAGGGCUUGGCAAGAAAGUGCCUCAGGAUUCAGAGUUUGCCAAGUGGAGAGAUGAUGUGACAGUUCCUUGUGGAAAACCUGUUCCAUCUAAGGCCAAGGCUUCUGAGCUUAUGUACAACGAGUAUAUCGUCUACAAUACAGCCCAGGUGAAGUUGCAGUUCUUGUUGAAAGUACGGUUCAAGCACAAGAGAUGAUUUCGUAACAAACAGGAAGACGACCUUUUGUAAUGUCUUUUAGGACAUCAAAAACCAACAUGAAGACAAAAUUUUGUAACUAGAUCGGAUUGUCUCUCUGGCUUUGUAGUUGUCUGGUUGGAAAACAGCCAUUUCACUUUGUUAUGAUCUUGCUCAGUAAACGCUACUCUUUUGGGUCACUUGUUUAAAACUAAUGUUGUUUCUAUGAAGGAUCGUUGAAGAAACAGUUAAAUCCAAAGAGAAAAAUGGUUGGUGGAUUUGA